GGGAACAUUUACAGUUUGUGUUUGUUCAAACCGUUGGCGGUUCUUUACAAAUUCCAUAUAUAAUUUAUAGUUCUUUUGCCAGGUGUUUUUACAGACUAACUCCUGUGAAUUGUCAAUGCAUUCGCUUGUUUAUAUCCCGCUGUGGUCUCACCGCUAAUUCACCAAUCGCCGAAGGUGAGCGAGAGGGGAAAGAAAGAAACUUCUUCCUAAAUUACUUGAACUCUGUGGCCGAUCCGCCAAAAAAGUCUGCGAAGUUCCUUGAAAGAUGUCAGCUUAUCGUUAUAAGAACAGCUAUAGUGAUGAUCAAAUGAGUCUAAGCGAGAAACAAGACGCGAAGUUUGACCGUUUCAUCGCGGAUAUGAAGCCAUUUGUGCUACGACUACCUCACAAACUCGAGCGACAGAGGGUGGGUUUGUGGAUCAAGAAGUUAUGCGAAGCUCCAGGCCCCUCGCCAUCAGCAAGGAAAAACAGGAAUCUCUAUGCUCAACUUCUUCUGCACAUGUUGAAGCGUGGCUUACUGGAGGAUCCAUUUACAAGGCGACCAGAAUCAGGCAACCUACAGCCACUUCCAUCAUACAUGUCUAUCUACUUGGAUGAACCAAUUACAAACAAGAGUCCAAGUUACCAUGACGAUGAGAGUGAUGUGGGGAGUAGAGAACCUCCUGACUGGGUCAGAGACCUUGGCAGUUCCAUAGCUAGUAGUAUGAUGUCAGACAGCAGCGUUGCUCCACGUCCACGCAGGGAACUACCUUCCACAAAUGGUGUCCACCCGAUCCCCUCUGCGCGAUCCAACACCUACAGCACCUCCACCCGAGACCGCAGUAAUUAUGAGCCUUCCAUGCCAAAGUUUGACCAUGGAGUAAAUGGCGAGGGUGACUAUGGGGCACGCAACUCCUCAGGGGGGUUCCCUGAGGAUGAUGCUAGGACUUAUGAUGAUGAACACCCGUACACACCUCCUGGGCGUCGUCAGGUGCCAUCUGAGCCGUGGUAUCACCACCCAGACUCUGGUUAUCCAUCAAGUUCACCGACAUCGAAAUCCAACCAUUAUAAUGGCUACUUGCCCAAUUAUUCCCGAGGUGUGAAUAUGGCAUUACAAGAAGAUGCAAGCUUAACAAACAAGGUCAAUGAGCGUGAGGUAGAGUUGAAAGUUAAAAUGGUUGAAGCGAAAUUCCAUGAGGAGAAGCUCAAGCUUCAACAGCAGCAUGACGUGGCUGUACAAAAGAUUCUGGACCGGAAGAACAUGGAGCUUGAAGAGAUCAAGGCACAUUAUCGAAACAAAGUCACAGAGAUGGAGACGACCAUUAAGAAACACGAACGAAAAAUCUCUUCAAUGACAAGAGAAUCCAGCACUUUAAAGGAACAGAAAGACAAGCAGAUCAACGAGCUAAAAAGUCUGGUGGAGCAAUCUGGAGAGAACGCUCAGCACGACUAUGAGAAGAAGCUGAAUGACAAGAUCGCCGAAUUCGAGCAGGAAAAAUUUGAGAUGCAGAAACAGCAUACCAACAACAUCCAGGAAUUACUGGACGAAACCAACCAGAGAUUACAAAAAAUGGAGACAGAGUACAACCAGCAGACGACUGCCACAGGUCUUGUUAUUCGUGAGCUUGAAGGACGAGUUCAUCAGCUAACUCAGGAAUCUGAGGCUCUUCAAGAGUCCAGGACGAAACUCGCCAAAGAGAAGGAAGAACUUACCGAUAAGCUAGCCUAUCACACCAAAGAGUUACAGAGUGCAAGAUCUACGUUGUCGAAGCUAGAACGUGACCAUGGUCGCUUGAUGAACGAUCACCAGUCAUCAAUACAGCAGCUUCAGAAAAAAACAGACUCCACCAUUGAACUUAUGAAACAGGAGCACUCAGCCGCAGCAUCUCGGUCUUCAGAUACUAUCUCAGAGCUGGAGGCCCAAGUGAGUCAACUGAAGCAGGCACUGCAGGACUCGGAAUAUCAGCGACAGAAGCAGGCCCGGGACAUGGAAUCAAGCGGUCAGCAGGAGAAGCUGAGCCUCGAGCACCUCUAUGAUAAAAAGGUGCGGGGGAUGCAAGCGGAGAUAGACCAACAGGAGCUCGAGUUCCAGAAGCGCAUCCGGAAACUUGAGGCAACUCUAAAGGAGCGUGACGAGCAGAUUCAGCGUCUGACAGAGGCUCAAAAGCAGCAGGCGGCACAAGCUGAGCAUGCACUUGAAGACUUCAAGAACCAAGUGGAGCGCAACUCCGGGCGCAUGUUUGACGAGAUGAAGACACAGAUGGAGAAGGUCGAGGAAGAUCUUGCCAGAUCAAAAAAUCUGCGCGAGAAACAAGCGAAAGAGUUCAGCCGCCAGAUGGAUGACAUGAAGCUCAAGUAUGAUAAACAGGUCGCGGAGAUCAAGAUAACUCACGAGCAGGAGAAAGCUCAGCUGAUGCGAAGUUUUCAGGGUGAUCGGGACUCGCUACUCCGCGAGCAGGAGCAAGAGCGAGAAAUGCAAGCAGAGAAACUUCAGCAGAAGCUAAGCGAGCUUGAGAACCACAGCCGAGAGCGUGCCGCCCGAGAUGCCAAGAUACAGGCGGAGCUGGAGCAACAAGUACGGGAGCUACGGGAGGAGGUAGUAGAGGCAAAUUCUUUGCGCAAGACUCAGCUGAUGGAGGCGAACAUGCUCCGCGAGGAGGACAGACACAACUUCAAGCGUCAGGAGGAGAACCUUGUGUCUAAGUCUAAGAGCCAACUGGAACAGCAACGCCUUCAGCUCCAGAGGGAGCACAGUAACGAGAUGGAGAAGAUGCUGGACAAGACGAACAGUAGACUAAAGCACAUGGAGGACGAGUACGCUACACGCUCAGCCACGGCCCAAGAGACUGUUCGCACGCUUGAAGGCGAGAUAAAAAAAUUGAAGGAGGAAAAUUUACGUAUGCGCCUAAGCUCCGAGAAGAAAAUCGGCUCAGUCAGUGAAAAGCACAAUGAAGAGAAAAACACAAUGAAGCGACACCACACCAGUAUAGUUAAUUCUUUAGAGCAAGACGUAGAAUCACAGAAGUCAAUGGUGAGGCACCUUGAAAAGCGCUGUAAGCAGAUUGAGCUUGAUGCGCAGGAGCGUGUGUCGCGCAUGCGCUUACAGUACGAGGAAAAGAUGAAAGGGCUACUGCCUGCUGACCUCAGAGAUGAACUGGAAGACACAAUAGAGUCACUACGGCAACAAAUCUCAGUUUUACAAUCACGGGCCAACAUCCUACAGGAGGAGAUAGACACAAGAAAUAAGCUUUCGACAAACAGCUCCUCAUUCAACCUGUCACUCAAAGAUGAUCAUGAACACUAACUUUUAAGUAAACUGUGAGAAAUAAGCUUGUCAAUCAAGCUGUAGAUGGUUGUAACCAUGGCAAACUGGGGCACGUUUGGCCAUAAUUUUUAGAGUUCUUUUAUGAAGACUUUGCAAACUCAAGACAUGAAAAAGAUGUUUAUUCACAGGUCCACUGUGAUAUAAUUCCCCUGUAUUUAGUUUGGAUUGAACUUGUUCUAUUCUGUAAGGCCUGAUAAUAUGAUACAAAAGUUGGCUGUAAUGUAUUCAUACUUUGGAGGCAGGCAAGCUACCCUGCAAACAGAGUGUAUUUUAUUUUUACAUCUUCCACUAGGUGAUAAAAAGCAUUGUGAAAUACAAACAUGAUGGGAAUUUAGAGUCACUAUUUGAAGGGUAGAAAAAAACCCAGCAAGAACGUAGUGCAUUUAUUGCUACGUACGCUCAAGACCCACCCACAAGGCACACAACAUUUGGACAACUACUUGCAUGGCGUAGUGAAUCUGAGAGCACGAAAACCAUGACUAGAUUCAGUACCAAGAGAAACAUUCCAUGGGAACAGAAAGAAAGAAAAUCAAUAAGUGCAGACUACCAGCUGUAAAUUAUUUUUCUUACUGUUUUUAUGAGCAAAUAGAGUGAAACUCAAGUAAAACUUGAUGUUUUAUUAUACAAAAUAAAAUGGCAUAAUCUUGUACAUUUUCUCUUCAGUUGUUAAAGCAUGUUUUGUUUGCAACAGAAGAAAAUAGUUUUUAUCCUUAUAUACAUAUAUAGUUAGCAGUGUAUUAAAGUAUAACCAUUUUGUGAAAA